UUUAUUUUGAUGAAAGAUGAAUCUACCACAAAAAAAAUGGAGUUGUGAACAAAAGAGCAUGCCAUAAACUCUAAAACUUGCAAAAAUGUCGUUGAACUGAAAAGGUCUCACUUCAAUAGCUCAAUUUUUCACAAUUAAAAGAUCACGAAAAUUCUUUCUUCUCCCUCCUCUUCUCCAAAAGAAUUCCUCUGAUAAGUCGAAGUUCAACAUCGCAGUUUCAGGAGAGAGAAAAAUGUCAGUGCAAGAGUAUUUAGAAAAGCAUUUGCUUUCUCGGAAGAUUGAAGAUGCCGUCAAUGCCGCUGUUAGGGCGAAAACUAACGAUCCUGUCCUCUUUAUAGCGAAUCACAUGUUGAAAUCAGUACAAUCAGUGAUAACGAAGGUGAAGGCGAGACAGAUCCUUGAUAGUAGAGGAAUUCCUACUGUUGAAGUUGAGUUAUUUACCAAUAAAGGCAUUUUUCGGGCUUCUUCUCCUAGCGGUCCUUCUUCUGCAUUGUAUGAAGCCACUGAAUUGCGCGAUGGAGAUAAAGGAAUGUAUCUAGGAAACAGUGUAACUAAAGCCGUAAGAAAUAUAAACGAGAGAAUAUCUGAAGCAUUGAUUGGCAUGGACCCGACACUACAAUCCCAAAUAGACCAAGUUAUGCUUGACUUGGACAAAACAGAGAAGAAGAGUGAACUUGGUGCGAAUGCAAUAUUAGCUGUUUCAAUAGCUGCUUGCAAAGCUGGAGCUGCUGAAAAAGAGGUUCCACUGUACAAACAUAUUGCUGAUAUUUCUGGUGGGACCAACACAAUCGUUCCUGUUCCUUUCUUCACAGUUCUCAGUGGCGGUAAACAUGCUGGAAACAAUUUGGCUUUUCAGGAAAUUAUGGUCCUGCCUGUUGGUGCAAAGACGUUUGAGGAAGCAGUACAGAUGGGAUCUGAAACUUAUCAUCACCUAAAGGCUGUUAUUACAGAAAAGUAUGGUGUGCAUGGAUGCACUGUCGGAGAAGAUGGUGGCUUAGCUCCAAAUGUUUCAAGUGUAAAAGAAGCUCUGGAUCUAGUCAAGGAGGCUAUUGGGAGAACAGGACAUGAUGAGAAGAUAAAGAUGGCAAUAGAUGUAGCUGCAACUGAGUUUUGUAUUGGGACGAAGUAUGAUUUAGACUUCAAGAACCCAAAUAAGUCAGGGCAAAAUUUCAAGUCUGGAGAGGAUAUGAUUGAACUGUAUAAACAGCUUUGCAAUGAGUACCCAAUAGUCUCAAUUGAGGAUCCAUUUGACAAAGAGGAUUGGGAACACACGAAGUACUUCUCUGGUCUUCAAUUAUGCCAGGUUGUUGGAGAUGGUCUAUUAAUGUCAAACCCCAAACGUAUUGACAGAGCUAUUCAAGAGUCUACAUGCAAUGCUCUUCUGCUUAAGAUUAAUCAAAUUGGAACAGUCACAGAAGCCAUUGAGGCUGUUAAGAUGGCUAAAGAUGCUCAUUGGGGAGUUGUGAUAGCUCACAGGAGUGGUGAAACUGAGGAUACUUUCAUUGCCGAUUUAUCUGUUGGCCUUGGUACUCUUCAGAUCAAAGCUGGGGCACUUUGCAGAGGGGAGCACCUAAGCAAAUAUAAUCAGUUGCUUCGGAUCGAAGAAGGACUUGGCGAACAAGCUUAUGCUGGCGAAGGAUGGAGGGUUUUGUGAGCUAUCUUAAACUAUGUGUGGCAAUCUACUUGUUCUGUAACUAGAUUUUUGUUUCGAAAAGCCUUUUUGGUCAUAGAGUUUUUUGCCUUCUUUUGUUCUUUUUCCCUGCGUAAUCUAGAUGCUAGCUGAUCACGCUGUUUCCAAAUGCGUGAAAUGACUUUUAAGCUUAGAGGUACCCCUUUUGGCUCAUACCAUGCUAGCUACCACAUUGUAGAUUGAAAUACUCGAGUUUUAACCAAACUACUGUUGUGUAUUACUCCCUCUAUCCCAUAAUAGAAGAUUAUAUUUUUUUA